CAAAUAUUAAUUAUUUGAUAGUGUGGAACUUUCUUACGAAACACAGUAUUAGAAUUGUCCGAUUUUUCAAAGGAGAAAUGAAUUAGUAAAGAUUGAUUAAAGAAUAAUUAUUUAAUUUUUAUGAUAUUGUUCGAACAAUACAUCUAGGAUAUGUAAAUAAGAAUGUUCAGUAACUUCUUCUACAAGCAUGGACAUUUUUGUGCCAGUCGACCAUGGGAGGUCAUUCUCACCACGCUCACCCUCUCAGCCUGUUUGGCCUCCGUAGGAAUUAUCACAACACCUGACAAAGUGUGUGGGUGGAACUAUGAAUGUGAAAAACAUCAGCACACAGAGAAAAGCAACAAUGAUCACAUUUUCCUGCCAAUCAUCAAACUGUCAGCAGUGCUCUACACUUAUCUACAGUUUAGAAAUCUUCGUAGAUUUGGAACCAGAUAUCUUUUAGGUAUAUCUGGGAUAUUUACCGUAUCUUCCAGUCUUGUGUUCAGUAUUGCUAUCAUCAAAAUGUUUGGCAAUGAUCUCUCAGGAUUGACGGAAGCUUUGCCAUUUUUCCUAUUGCUCAUUGACCUCUCUAAGGCAUGUGCCCUGGCCCGCUUUGCCCUGAAUUCUAAAAGCCAGGAGGAAGUUCAGGAGAACAUUGCCCAUGGAAUGUCUAGACACGGCCCAGUCAUGACAUUAGAUGCUAUUUGUGAGAUUCUAGUCAUUGGAGUAGGCACUUUAUCAGAUGUCACCCAUUUAGAGAUGAUGUGUUUCUUUGGUUGUUUGGCUGUUUUAGCUAAUUACCUGGCAUUUAUUAUGUUGUAUCCUGCGUGUCUGGCUUUGUUCCUAGAGGUAGCAAGGAAGAGAGGUAAAGGCAAGGGAUUGAAGCACCUACAGCAGCUUGCCCAGAUUUUACAUGAAGAAGAGAAAGAUGUGAGACCAAACCCAGUCACUCAGAAUGUCAAAAUCAUUAUGUCUGCAGGUCUGCUGAUGGUCCACUUCCACAGCCGCUUUAUGGCAAAUAAGAAAACCAUGGAUAUGAUUGGAAAAGAUAUGGCCAGCACCCAGUAUAGGGAACCCAAUGUUUCACUGUGGUCCUUCUACAUUCAGAGAUUGUUCACAGUAAAGGCAGAUUCUACUUUCACUUUGGCUUUGGCCAUCUUUCUGAUAGUAAAGUAUGCAUUUUAUGAUGACAACUCCAUGGAAUAUGAUCUUCUGAUGUCUUCCACAAGUAGAGAAACCCCCGAAGUAGCAUCACCAGCGUCCACACCUAAAGAUUUAGAUCAGCUGUGCAACGACUCUACAACAGAGAAGGAGCAGCAAGUAGAUUUUAUACUGGGAGAGGAUUCCUCAGACUCGGACACUGAGAAGUGUGUGUCACAUGUAGAAACACAGACAGACAAUGACAAACUGUUAUACUCACCACUACAAAGAAUUCCCUCUAUAAGGCCUCCCAGACCUGUGGAGGAGUGCAUACAGAUUCUAAACUCAGAGGAAGGUGCCAAGUCUCUUACAGAUGAAGAGAUAUCAAAUCUAGUCAAAAGUAAACACAUUCCUUCUUAUAAAAUAGAAACAAUGAUCGGAGACGAGUGCAGAGGUGUUCAUAUUAGGAGAAAGAUGUUGACUGGGGAAUUGCCAUCUACAGAUGCAUUAGAUGAACUGCCUUAUGAAAAUUAUGAUGGCUAUGACUUGGUAAAUGGUGCUUGCUGUGAGAAUGUUCUGGGUUACAUGCCAGUCCCAGUAGGUAAAGCUGGUCCCCUGUUACUGGACGGUCAGAAGUUUUACAUUCCAAUGGCUACCACAGAGGGUUGUCUGGUGGCCAGCACAAAUAGGGGAUGCAGGGCACUGGAGAUGAGCAAAGGCGUCUGCAGUGUUGUGAUUGGAGAUGGCAUGACCAGAGCUCCGGUUGUACGCAUGCCUAAUGCCAUAGAGGCCAGCAAUUUGAAAGAAUGGAUGGAAGGCAACUUCUCUUCAUUAAAAACGAUAUUUGAUGAGACAAGUCGUUUUGCUCGUUUAAACAAGUUGCACAUUGCACAAGCUGGUCGACUACUCUAUGUACGUUUUAUUGCCAGUACUGGGGAUGCCAUGGGAAUGAACAUGCUUUCCAAGGGCUCUGAGAAAGUUCUCCAUCAUGUGAAUGAAUUGUUCCCCGAGAUGGAACUUCUCAGUCUGAGUGGAAAUUACUGCACAGACAAAAAACCAGCAGCUGUAAACUGGAUUGAAGGCAGGGGAAAAUCUGUGGUGUGUGAAGCUGUCAUUCCAAGUAAUAUUGUAAAGAACGUUCUCAAAACUAGUGUCACUGCUAUGGUAGAUCUUAAUAUAAACAAGAAUCUGAUUGGUUCAGCCAUGGCAGGAAGUGUAGGAGGAUUCAAUGCCCAUGCUGCCAAUGUUGUGUCAGCAAUAUUUAUAGCCACUGGACAGGACCCUGCCCAGUGUGUUGCCAGUAGUAACUGUAUAACCCUUAUGGAGGCCACAGGACCCACCAAUGAGGAUCUGUACAUCAGCUGUACUAUGCCUUGUAUAGAGGUGGGGACAGUAGGGGGAGGCACCAUCUUACCAGCACAACAGUCCUGUCUAAAGAUGCUUGGAAUACAAGGACCAAAUGCCAAGAAUCCAGGAGACAAUGCCAAACAGUUAGCUAGAGUUGUCUGUGGGGCUGUGUUGGCUGGGGAGCUGUCUCUUAUGGGGGCCCUAGCAGCAGGCCAUUUAGUCAGGAGUCAUCUUAAGUACAACAGGUCCAGUGUGUAUCUUGCAUCUAACAGGUCCAGUGUAGAUUGUUCUCAGUCCCAAUCAUUAUUAUUACCUUCACAGCAGGAAAGUCCCGCUACUGCUUUACAUCAGUCAUCAGUUAGCCUCAGAAAAUGUAAAAACAGCUGAUAAUGGCUGUUUUGUAGGGUUUUUAAUUAUUUUUAAAAUGGUUUUGUGCCAAAGGCCUUUUGAACUGCUUGCCAAGUUUAUCAUUGCUGAAGUUAGAACAUAAUGUUCACUGUUGCUGAAACAAAUGCUUUACAAUCACAUGAUAAGACAUUGUAGCUGCAUUUGUCAUAUCUUUGUAAAAAUUUUCCUUUGUGUAAACAAAGUUAUAUUUGUCAGUAUUAAUGUAUGAGGGAGGUUCGAAGCCAAUAUAGUGUGUAGAGGUGCUGCUAAUUUUUUGCAAAAUGAAACAUCGGUUUGAUUUUUUUAAAGACCAAUUAUACAUGUAUAUACAUUAUACAAUGAAGCUAGCAAUUGUUUUUGUUAUACCCUUAUAAAUAGCUUUCUAUAUAUUUAUAACUAAUAAAAAGUCCAACAAAAGAAAUGUUUAUUACAUCGGUCUAACAAUUUCACUGUUGACCGGCCUGUCGG